GAACGCGGGACCGGUUGACUACAAUUUCAAGGGCGUCUUGUCAAUCAAACGCAAGGAGUUUUUAUCUAAUUUCAAAUGCUUUGCUACACAUAAAUCUUAAUCUCUUAAUUUUUAUUUUCUUUCAAAUAUUCUCGUUUCUCCCUCCCCUUAUCUGUCAUCUUGUCUCCUCUUUAUACACACGAUCACAUAAUUUAAAUUUCAAAUUAAUAUAAUUUUAAUAUUGAAAAAAUAAUUUCUAAAAAACUAAAUAAUAAUAUUAUUAUUAUUUCUUCCGAGCAUUAUAUGAUCUGGAAACAGCUACGGAGGAAUGCGACCUUUCAUGGGCCUUGUCACCGUCUUUCUCUUGCUACAUAACGAUCUAAUUCAUCCUAGUUUUGUAGUUUAAUCCCAUGGGAAUCGUCAUUAGCAGGUACCGCUCGCGCGCCGCCAUUCGCCGGCGGGAGCUGCUCGCCAAGGCGGCGGCGCUGGAGGAGGAGCUGAAGGAGGCGCGGCGGGCGCGGGAGCACGACGCGAGGGCCUUCGCGGCGAAGGAGGCGGAGUGGGAGGCUGAGCGGCGGGAGCAGGCGGAGGAAGCGGGCCGGCUCCGGCGGCGCCUAGAGGCGGCGGAGGAGGCCGCCGCCGCCGCCGCCAGCGGCGGCGCCGACGACCACUACUUCGUCGUCGAGCAGAUGAGGGAGGAGCAGGCGCGCCGCGAGGAGGCGGUCGAGAAGUGGAAGCAGCUCUACCUCGCCAUCAAAACCGAGCUCGACGAUCUCAUUCGAAGAACUCGACCAGGGGGAAGGCUAUACAAGCAAGCAGAAGAGGAAGAAGGCAUGAUAGAGCACCUGCAGAAGGAGCUCAAGGCAAAGGAAGUUGCGAUCGAGACACUAACAUCGCGCGCCAAAGUGAUGGAACAAGAGGUUUCGAAAAGGGAUCGGGAGAUCGAUAUCCUGAGGCAGAGUUUGAGAAUUUUGAGCGAUAAAAGGAGGAGCCGAAGUGGAAAGAACCGACUCAGAUACUUGUACUCAUGAUGAGGAAGCUCAGUGCUGUAGUGAAUGACGUUGAAUUCAAAAGUACUGAUUCACGGAAAGGAAAUGAAGAAUAUAUAGUAGGCAUUAUUUAGAUAUAUAUAAGAAUUAUUGUAAAUUUGAUAUGCUAUCAAAUGUAAGCUUGUUAAAAUCAAAAUUUGUAGAUGAAUAAAAAACAAAGCUACUAG